GUGUGUGUUAAAACUGUUGUGGGAGAGGAUAUCUUGCGGAGUUAAAGAAAUGUAUUUAGGAUGGCGUUUUGUAAACUCUGUGAUAAACAACUAAUAAUUUGUCUUGUUUUGUAAAACUCUCGGGACUUUCAACAAUUAGUAGAAUUUUUCUAUACUUCUAUAUUGCUCAAAAGUGUUGUGAUUACGUGCUCCCGUCAUAGAACUGAACCUAUAUUUUCAGGCUAGAAUUUAGAUCUUGGCUGACCCUGAAGGUGAGGAGUCUGAGGGCGAGGCCGUACACAACUUCCCGGGACUCGGAGCGUCGGGGAUCGCAGCGUUAAGGAAUUCGCACCAACCAAUUAAACUGCCAGUGGUGAGUGACUGCUCGCCACAGACUGGCCGGGUCUCGUCCGCACACCCCGGCUCCAGCAGCAUGGCAGUAUCGCGGGUUCCUAGCCCGCCACCCCCAGAGGUCAACACUCCCGUUGCUGAGAAUUGGUGUUACACACAGGUAAAAGUUGUCAAGUUCAGCUACAUGUGGACUAUAAAUAACUUCAGCUUCUGUAGAGAGGAGAUGGGAGAAGUACUGAAGUCCUCUACAUUCUCAGCUGGUGCAAACGAUAAACUAAAAUGGUGUUUAAGAGUCAACCCCAAGGGUCUAGACGAAGAGAGCAAAGACUACCUCUCCCUCUACCUUCUAUUAGUAUCCUGCAAUAAAAGUGAAGUGCGGGCCAAGUUCAAAUUUUCAAUCCUCAACGCCAAAAGAGAAGAAACCAAAGCAAUGGAGAGCCAGAGGGCCUACAGAUUUGUGCAGGGGAAGGAUUGGGGUUUCAAAAAGUUCAUAAGGAGGGAUUUUCUCCUCGACGAAGCAAAUGGACUACUUCCAGAUGAUAAGCUAACAAUUUUCUGCGAGGUGAGUGUGGUUGCUGACAGUGUGAACAUUUCUGGCCAGAGCAAUGCUGUCCAGUUCAAGGUGCCGGAGUGUCGCCUGCCUGAUGACCUGGGGCAGCUGUUUGAGAACCAGAAGUUUAGCGAUGUCACGCUUUCAGUCAGCGGCAGAGAAUUUUUAGCACAUAAAGCUAUCUUAGCAGCUCGAUCACCUGUUUUUGCUGCCAUGUUUGAGCAUGAGAUGGAAGAACGCAAACACAAUCGUGUUGCAAUCUCGGACGUAGAUCAUGAAGUUUUGAGAGAAAUGCUACGCUUUAUUUAUACAGGAAAAGCGACAAAUUUAGAAAAAAUGGCUGAUGACCUUCUUGCGGCAGCUGAUAAGUAUGCUCUCGAGAGGCUGAAAGUAAUGUGUGAAGAGGCUCUGUGUACGAGCCUCUCUACUGAAAAUGCCGCUGACAUAUUGAUACUUGCUGACCUCCACAGCGCUGAUCAGUUGAAAGCACAAGCAAUCGACUUCAUUAACACACAUGCAACUGAUAUAAUGGAGACGGGAGGGUGGCGAGCCAUGAUACACUCUCACCCCCACCUGAUAGCCGAGGCGUUCCGUGCUCUCGCAACACAGCAGAUCCCACCCAUCGGGCCGCCACGCAAACGCGUCAAGCAGAGCUGAAAACACCACUAAAUAAACAGUGCAGUUCACAGACUUUAUCUCACUUGCGUCAUUUAGACUUGUAUAGAAACCAUUUCAUUUUUACGUUUAUUCGAUUUUAAUUGUUAAGUUUUUGAUGGCGUCCGUUACGCUACGAACGGGCGGAUGCGCUGUCUCAUCCUAUUUGAUUAGAUAAGAUUGUAUUAUUAAGUUUGGGGCAUUUUCACUGUUUUUUUUUUACAAUUUUUUUUAUGUAGUUAAAACCAACUUGGUAAUGAAUUUUAUAGACACUUCUGAAAUCUCGCCGAAAAAGUUAAAUUGUUUAUAUACAGAGGCAGAUGAACCUGACACUGUAAAAUGUGGUUAGUAUUAAUUAUAAGUUAUUUAAAAAUAAAUUAAAUUCUUCAUGUUUGAUCGAUACAGUGUAUUAUUAAAUAAUAUUUUCCUGCAUAAAUUUAUAAGUAACGACCUAUAAUUUAUGUGAAUGGUUACAAUUAAUUUUUAAUCAAAAUAUCUUUCCUGUUUGACAUUGUCGGGUUCUUUUGCAAUCUGUGUAAGUUUUAAACCUAAUUCAAUACUCAGUAUCAUGCUCCAGUUAUUGUUAACUUGUUAUUAUGUUUUUGUAAUGUUCAGUUUAAUUAGAAGUCAUAUUUUUACAAAGCUUCCUGAAAGAAAAAAACAUGUUUGGAGUAUUUGAAACAGUUAAUUGUAAACAAAGUGUGUUGGACUAUUAAUAUUACUUGGGCUGUAUUUGUUUAUAAUAAAUAAGGGACCAUGGAGCCCGCAGACAUAAUGUCUUGUUGUCAAAUGUUUUGUAAAAUGUUGGCGUAACCGUAAAGAGUUGAAUGUAGGCUUACCCACCAUUAUAAUAUAGGAUGUGUUUAUGUGUUGCGUGUUAGGACGCUUUCCGUGUACGUUCUUGCGUUAGCUUGCACACAUUUUGUCAAAUGGACAAUUUUGAUUUUGCUUGUUAAGUUGAAUUAAUUUACCCCAUUUAAUUUUUUUGCAAUCUAUUUUGUUUGCAAAGUUAUUUGCCAGUGAUUAUAUCAUUGGUGUAUUUUUUGUUUUUGUUAUUUACAUUACACUUGACAUGAGAAUCAGGCUUUUGUCAGUGCUUUUAUUAUAUUUCUGUUUGGCUUUCUGAAUUACUCGUAAUGAUUUAAUUAAAAUAGGUUAGGUUACGUCAGUGUAGCGUUGGCGCUUACGUAAUCUAACCAUUUGGAACUCAUUUAAUAAAAAGCAUUUUGAUCUGCAAGUGUUUGGGAUAAGUUAAGUCAGCUAUAUGCAUCGAGUUUACUUAUUUUAACUUACUUAUUCAAACUUAGGUUAUAUCGUUUAUGUGUUUUGAAGCGGUAAUUAUUUUUGUUGUUUGAUGUUUUAAUCGAAGUAUAUUUAUUCAAUAGUGAGAGAUAAAUUUUUUCUUUACGUAAAGGAUGAUUUGGGUUGACAAAAGCGUGGUUCCUGUCCAUGGAUCUCUCAACAUUGGCUGGUUCCCUAUGCCAUAAGUUUCUGUGAUAACAACAAGCCCCGUAUGUUUGUACGUAAGUGUGUCUUGAGUGUGUGAAUGUGACGAGUGUGUCAGUUUGUACUUUCAGGGUGGCCAUCUGACUUGAGAGCUUUGCGAACCAGUUUGUUUCGAACCAAACUGUAUCGUAUUUCAGUCAACAAUGUAUUACAAAGUAUGAAAUGAAUGAAACAUAGUUACAACAAGCAUAAAAUGAUAGUCUGAAACAUAGUUAGAACCUUAAGUAAUAAUCCUCUAAUUUACAAAGUUGUAACUAAACUGAAAGUACCAGCAAUUGAUUUCAGUUCAAAAUUAGAAACUUGGGUAUUGAAAAUUUUAUACAAUAAUUAAAAAUAUUUGUUACUAAGACCAUCACUCAACUUAUUUAAUAAUAUAUUUGUAACACAAUUAAAGAGAGUGUGUUUUAAUUUGAAAUAAAGGCUUCUACCCAUGAUUUGUACAUUUCCUAUUGUUACCUGCACUGUGAAUUAACAGAGUGGGAAUUGUAAAGUCUGUGAGUGGCCACCCUGUAGUUGUUUUCUCAAUCCAUUCUUUCUUCAGUAAAAUGCAGUGUUACCUCAUCAACAAUUCACACUGAUCCGUUACAUGUAACCUUUGUUGUCCCGUUGGACCCCCGUUCGCAGAACGCUUGUCUACUUCUGUAGCCCUUGUUGUACCUAGCACUUUCACUACUUUAGAUAGUGACCUAUAUAGUAAGAAGUUUAAUAAAUAAUAAUUAUUAAUUUUUGUA